AUGGGUGUAAACAAGGCUUUCUCAUGCUCUAUAUCUACUGAUCAUCAGGGCAUGACCGAAGGAGAAGGCAGAGCUUGUGCUCUGCAGGAAGCUAGUAAGACAAGGGUCACCGUAGGGCAUGGUAGUGUUGGCGAGGCUCAGGAGGCCGAGCAGCUGGGCAAACAGUUAGGCAAGAUGAGGGAGGAGACCAGGGAGGCGGGUGAGCCUGGUGUUGGUGGGCAAGCUGGCUGUGUACGCAAGAGAGUGGUUGCGUUGUCUGGGCGCACAGGAGGAGCUGUUGCGCUGGCUGGGCAUGCAGGAAAGGCUGCUGCGCUAGGUGAGCAUGCCGAGGCGUUGGGCAUGGCACAAUUAGCCAUGGGGGUUACUUGGCGUAGUCAGACCUUAUUUGCACUAGGUGUUAAGCAUUGGAGAGUUGCGGCAACGAGGCGGCAGUGA